AUGCCCUCGCAACGUCGCAUGAGGCUCAUUGCUGUCCUCGCGCUUAUCACAAUCAUUGUCAUAGUCUACAUAUCGAGAGGAGCUCAUCAAACACAUGGGUCGGAUUUCUACACCAAAACACAACAAGCCCUACAAGAGUCGCAAUUCCAGGAAGCGGCGAAGCAACGCGACGCAGACGGCGUGGGCUCGCGACUGAAGGCAGCAGAGGAUCAAGCGAAGAAGGCAGCAGAUGAGAAGUACGACUCAAAGAAGGUAGCCAUUGAGGGGGAUGAUCAGAAGGGUGUUGCAGGCAGAGUCAAGCUAGGUGGAGACAAGGUCCCUGGCGUCGCUGCACAGGGGGGCAGAUCGCGAGAUCAGGCCAUCGUAAAAGAAGACGAGACACCAGAAGCUCACGAGGUCGAGACGGAGCUGAACUUGAUAUUGAAGAAGAGCCCAAUGAUCAUCUUCUCCAAAUCUUACUGCCCAUACUCAAAGAAAGCGAAGCACAUCCUCCUCGAGAAGUACCGCAUCCUACCCGAGCCGUACGUGGUCGAGCUCGACCUCCACCCCCUCGGCGAGAAGCUGCAAGCGCUACUGGCCAAAUCGACUGGCCGGAGAACAGUACCGAACAUCUUGCUCCUUGGGAAGAGCCUUGGGGGCGGUGAUGAUAUGGAAGAGCUCGAUGAGACCGAAACGUUGGUGGCCAAGAUCAAGGAGAUGGGCGGCAGUCGCAUCACCGAGGUUGAACAUCGCGGAGCGCGCCCAGAGACAUCACAUCGACAGGCGAGGAGGUCAUAG